AUGGUGCUUCUCUUUGUCUCGGGCGGUCCUGCAAAUGUGGACGAGGUUAUUUCGUCCACCCAGACCCCUCUUAUUCAUAUCUUCAAGAUUGCGACCAAGAACAAUGCGGCUGCAGUCUUGAACAUUGUGGGUCUCAUCUAUGUCUCUGUCACUACGGUCCUCUUCUUUUUCCCGCCCGAGGUGCCUACAACGGGAAGCAGUAUGAACUACGCUAUUGUUGCAUUUGUCUUUUGGCUAACUAUUUGCGUUGUUUACUGGUUCACAACUGGACGCAAAACGUACGAAGGCCCCUUGCUCGAUGGUGUGCUGCACAGCCAACCGCAAAGCUUGGCAGACAUUGCCAUUGCGGCUGCCGACCAUACGGAAUUCAACAUUGACGACAAAAUCAAGAUGGAUGGAAAGGAUACCCCCAUUUAA